AGUUAACAGUCACUUCACUAGAGAUCCUCAGCAUGAUGUGAAAGGAAAGGAAAGCAACACAAAGCCAUGAAGUAUUAAUAAGACAUUUAAGGGGUUAACAGUCAGAUGGUUGAUGCAGGAUAUGCACCCAAAGAAGUUAAUUUGCAUUAUGAAUAAAAGAAGAGCUAAUCAGUAGCAUAUAUUAAGUUUCUGAAUAGAACAGGAUUUACCUCAUUAAAUUUGAGAAUGUGACAGAGAGCAGAUGAAACAGUUUAUUCUGCAAGAUACAUCAAUUAUCAGGGAUCCUCAAUGCGGUCGCUACUAUAUGGUGCAAAAAGUAUGAUCUUUCAGUUGCUUCUCCAUGCAAGGUGAACUGCCUUUUGGUCUCACUUACUGAGGUAAAAAUGAUUGAAUUCUGCAUUUUAAGCCAGGAGAAACUCCAGCAUUUAACAUGUGGCAUAAUCAUCAUGAGGUAAUAACAGAGAAUGACUGUCUUUCUCUGUACAGGUUGAUAUAUUGCUUCUUUUUGUGCAUACUAGGUAACAACAUGCCGCGAAGAAAACGAUUCAAAGAUGUUGAGUUUCAAUACACGUCUGUGGGAUCUUCUUCCGAUCAGUCCCUGCAGUCUCAGCAGCCCGACGAGCCGCAGCAGCACGAGUCCCAUUUUCAGCAUGAGUCUCACUCUCAGCACGAGUCUCAGUCUGAGCACGUGCCACCUGCUGAUUGUCCAGACAUGGAUGACGUGAACAUCCAGGAUGGACUAGGAAGAGUGAGGAGGACACGAGGACCCACUCGAGCACGGGACGUGUGGAGCCUACGCGAGGAUGAGAAGAUUGUGGUGCAUUGCAAUUAACUGGGGCAGCCUAUUAAGAGGGCUG